AUGCAUUGGCCGAGUUUCGCAUCCGGCCUUUUGUUGUCGGCGGCCGCCACAGUAGAGGCGCGCCGAAGCCUUCAGCACGUGGGCAAGAAGGAUAUCAACCAGAGGUCCUCCGUCUCGGAUCAGAACAACUACUUGGCGCAUUACCUAGCCACGCGACAGGUACCGGCACCUAAGUUUGCCAACGACAACACUACCAAGUUCGCUGUCAAUGGCACAGGUCUUCCUGACGUCGACUUCGAUGUCGGCGAGUCCUACUCUGGAUACCUGCCUAUCAGCGAUGACCCUAACGACACCAACGAGUUGUUCUUCUGGUUCUUCCCUUCGUCCACACCCAACAACACCGAGAAGGAGAUUCUCCUAUGGUUGAACGGUGGUCCUGGUUGCUCUUCCCUCGAAGGUCUAAUCCAAGAGAACGGCCCGUUCAUUUGGCAAGACGGUACCCUCAAGCCGGUUCCCAACCCAUGGGCCUGGAACCGGCUCACCAACGUAGUCUGGGUGGAGCAACCCAUCGGCACCGGUUUCUCGCGUGGUAAAGUCACAGCUCGCAGCGAAGAAGAUGUCGCCGCGCAGUUUCUCGGUUUCUGGAAGAACUUCAUCGACACCUUCUCCUUGCAAGGGUACAAGGUGUACAUCUCCGGUGAAUCCUAUGCUGGUGCUUACUGCCCGUACAUCGCGUCCGCCAUGUUGGAUAAGAAUGACACUACAUACUACAACGUCUCGGGUAUGAUCAUCUACGACCCGGUUCUCGGUGACGAUGUCGUCCAAGAAUCCGCCACUACAGUGCCGUUCGUCGACUACCACAAGAACGUCAUGACCUUCAAUGAUUCCUUCAGCAGCUACAUCCACGGUCUGCACGACUCCUGUGGCUUCGCCGACUUCAACGCCAAAUACCUAACCUACCCACCUCCCGGCCCACAGCCCGCGGGCUACUCCUCCAGCGUGAGCCAAGAGUGCCAAAACCUAUGGGGCGUGAUCCUAAACGAAGCAUUCAGCAUCAACCCCUGCUUCAACGUAUACCAAGUCGCCGUAACCUGCCCUCUCCUAUGGGACAUCCUCGGAUUCCCUGGAUCUAUCGAGUACCUCCCCGAAGGCGGACAAAUCUACUUCGACCGUGAAGAAGUCAAGAAGGCAAUCCACGCCGACACCGCAACAAAAUGGGCAGAAUGCUCCGCGGGCAACGUAUUCGUCGGGGGCGACCGCUCAGACCCCUCAUCCUGGCGUGUCCUCCCACACGUCAUCGACGCAACCAAGAACGUAAUCAUCGGGCACGGAUCUUUGGACAUGAUUCUCCUCCCCAACGGCACGCUCCUCACAAUCCAAAACACAACCUGGGGCGGACAACUCGGUUUCCAAUCACCUCCCGUCGAACCUUUCUUCGUACCCUUCCACACCCUAAGCACAGGCGAUGAAAUCCAAACCGAGACCGACCCCACCAAACUCGGCACCAUAGCCGGCGCCGGCGUCCUCGGGACCGCACACACCGAACGCGGACUCACAUACGUAAGCGUCGAUCUCUCGGGGCACAUGAUCCCACAAUUCGCGCCGUCGGCCGCAUUCCGACAACUCGAGUUUUUACUCGGACGCGUGGACAGUCUAAGUUCCGUACAACCCUUUACCACGGAACCAAACUACCCGCAACCACCCGCUUCCACACUAGGAAACGGUACCGGUCCCGCGACUACGAGUUCCAAGGAGGAGGCCGCGGGUGUUGGGAAUGUGGAGGCUAGUGCGGAUAAGAAGAACGCGGCGCCUAGUUUAGUAGGGUCGGGUGUUAUGGCUGCUGUUGCGGCUUUGGGGUUAGCUGUUUUGAUGAAUUUGUAG